UUACAGAGACAGAGUUCCAGACAACAGUCCCGUGACAGACGGCGGUCUAGAUCUAAAAAAGUGUCUCACACUAGGAAGCGUAGUCCUCCGCCGCGGUCAUCUGACCGAUCUAACCUCUCGCGACAGCCAAGUCAGCACGCAAAUCGUGGCGCAGGAAGACGUUCCGGCUGGCGGUUCAACACAAACAAACCGCCACGAGCAAUCCAACAAGCAAGAUCACGCAUCCAUUGUGGACACCCGCAUCAGCUCCCAAAACCGGAUCCCGCAGUCGCCCAAUACCUCCCAAAAUCGUACGCACCAUGAGCACAACUCAGCACCAGGAACAAGCGGCACUUCUAAACAGAAGCAGAGUGGCGGAAUGAGUGCUGGAGGUGGCCGCGCUGGUUCUGGAGAUGGCCGAGCGGGUGCUGGAGGAGGCCGAGCUGGUGCUGGAGAUGGUCGAGCUGGUGCUGGAGAUGGCCGAGCUAGUGCUGGAGGUGGCCGCGCUGGUUCUGGAGAUGGCCGAGCGGGUGCUGAAGGUGGCGUUAAUUUUGAUGAGAGUCAGCUGAGCGUUCGAACCAAAAUUCAAAUUCUCAAGGAAAAAUUGGCAGUUCUGCAAAGGACUGUAAAACUUGAGAAAGCUAAAGCUGAUUCAGAUGACCACGCGCUCGAGCUUUCUAAGAAACUAGAAGCUUUCCAAGGAGGAAAUGAAUUUGCGAGGAUCAAGUUCACUGAGGUAGAAGAUUUUUCCAUUACUUCUGCUGAUUUGGAUCAAUUGUCAGGCAGAGCCUCUAGCGACGGCAUGUUCGUUGGCCUCCUGUUGAUGGCUAUUCUUGGACCAGACAGGUUAAAGAAAAUGAGCGCCACUGGACAAGCAUCCCGUCGAUUUGCUAAGAAAUUAAACGCUGACGGCACACCGGCUUAUCCGGAAAUGGAAGCAGUCGACAAAACCCUCAUGAGUUUUUAUGUGAUAAAGUGGCCGAACGUAAUCAGAUGCGUUUGGGUCCAUCAAAAAUCGCAUCAAUCAGGGCAGCCUGCACUGAAAAGGAGAUUCGUGGGUAUGUGACCCGGAAGCUGUCGAACCACAAGAGACCAGCUCCUCAGAGAAGGCAGCAAAACGAGCAAAAACUCGCAGAUGUUGAAUAAUCUUUAUUCAACAUUGUCUAUAACUUACGUUAUCUCUGAUCAACGUAUUUUUAUGAACGUUUAAUGUUAUCAUACAACUUUUUUUAAAU